AGGAUCCGACAUUCGCAGUAGCUGCCAAGAGAAAUCACGAUUUUUCUGAGAUUACAGCAAUCCUUAAGUACUGCCUGCAAUGCUGUACGCCAGUCGGCCCAUUACCUGUGAUUAUGACGGAAGAAAGUGAGCUGGAGCUUGAUACUGAAGUUUCAAAACCAGAGCCUCAGCCUGAAGACGAUUUUAAGAAACCGCUGAUCAUCAUCGCCGCAGUUGUGUGCGCCGCCCUCCUCAUCGCCAUUAUUGCUGGAGCAUUUUGGACUAUGUCAGGGGCCGAUGAACCAGUUGAAGAAAAAGGAAGUGGCGAAGACGUCGCACCUGGUUCGUACCCAAGCGGAGGCAACUACAAUCGUCCGACAAGACCUGCUGAUGUCCUUCCCACCGUAGCGCCCAAAACACUCUCACCGCCACCACCAUAUACGACAGGAACCAAGCGGCCGAAAGAAAAAGUCACCGCCCACAAGCGUCUCCCGUCAUCGAAAGGGCCUUCAACAACUACCCCGGCAGCCGUCUACAAGAGGACAACGCCUACCAUUCCUAAGACGCCCAGUACGACAGUACCGACCCCGACAACGACCUUGCCACCCACCACGACCACAACCACAGUCCCUCCUCGCCUUCCCCUGGUUUGCACGGUGAUGGACUAUCCCUCUGGCUUGGCCGACAAUAUAUGCGACCAUCUAUUUUACGACUCGCUCUACCGGGACAGUCAGUCGACAUUCGUCGGUAUAACAAAUGGGGUGAAAACGUUCCUGGAAGCGGCCGCCUCAAGCAGCCUCACCCGCUUCGGAUUCUCCGUUGAAGUGAGCGCGCUCAAAACGUUCUCGAGCGAAUUCAAAAGCUCAGAUGGCCAGAAGUAUUGGAAACAGUAUUUGGAGAAGCGAGUUUACGACUGGGGAUUUCUCAAUGUUAACGAGAGACACUUUCAAGACAAUCCCGACGUGCUGAAGGAGGCAUUGACCAUGAUGAAGAAUAUGGACGAGUACCAAAAGCAACAAACCCCGAUUCAGGCGUACAUGAUGUUGGGAGUAUUUUUCAUGCCUACGUCAUGUGACCAAGUUGCGCAGAAGUUUAAAACGAUCUUCCUUCCUGCGCAUGUCAUCCUCUUGGGACAAAUAUCUUACGGGACACAUAAGCCGUGUGUUGCUCUGCCGGCUAACAAUUAUAUUGAUCCGCGCCAAGAAAUGAAAAGCCUCACGCACGGUCACACCUUGCGGCAAGCCACUGAAAGCGCGAAGUGUCUUCAGACUAAAGGGAUCAACACUUCAUACAGCGUCUCCAUUGAGAUGGAGUCCAUGCAGUUUCAGCACGGACCAGGUAGAGUGCGUGAUCCAGCAGAUAAACGGUUGUACACAGGAUGCAGUUCUUCAGAUUCGUACCAACGGCUGUCACUUACAAUCCUGUGUGCCACUGGUCCGACAACGCGGCACUAUCAAGACCACUACAAAACGAACUACGCACUUGAUAAAACCGAAAAGUUUCUGAAUACUUUCGACACAAAGGAGUCACUACAAUUCAAGGUUUGUGACGCCUGGCGCGACUACGGCAGCUCGAGGAUCGGCAUCAGCGCGUACAGCGUGAACGCCGACUUUCCCCACCCCAUUUUUCAGUGCCCGAAAGAUCAGUGGGCCCCCGACGGGUCGCGACUGCGGCUUGUGCAGGGGUUCGGGGACUUCCUCAGGAAGGAGAGCGGCGGCCGAAACCCGAAAGCGACGUUUUUCGAUCGCUGCCGACAGCUCACGUGAAUCGUCGCGCGCGAAGUUCAGGGCUGCGACUUCGGAGUCGCCUCGCCGUCUUUGGGACUGUGUUGACGUUGGCGCGUUUCACCUUCUGCUUAUUGUUCUUUAUGAGUAUAACGUUCACUUGCUAUGCGCUUUCUUUUUGUGGCUGCACAUUGAAUUUUAGAAUGUGCACAUUACGAUUAUUUCAAUCGCAAGACGUGUUCAUUUUCCUCUGUGUACAUGUAUUCCACGCCCGUUCCUUCCACGGAAUAGUGUCAUACAGUUUUUUCAUAAAGAUUACCGCUUACAA